UUUAGUAAUUAAUUUUAGAGUACAUAGCGUCAACGUAAUGCCGUAAUCCGUAUUUUCCUCUCUGUCCUCGAAUCGGUUUGUAAAAUUGAAGUUCUGGCCCCUUGUUUUUCUCCGCAGCGGUACAGUCACUGGCUGUGCGGGGACUCUAGGCUAGCUGCAGCUGAGCUGUGACUGUUUGUUUCCCGGUUCUCGUCGGGAUUUUAUCCAGCGAUUAUGUGCUCCGUUCUCACGUAAAAGUAGACAUUUUGGCGGAUUGUCGUAUAUACUCUAACAUUUUUGUGCUAAAACGUCAUCAUGUAUGUUGUAGAGGAACAACGUCGUUGGCGAGAACGAUACUAGCCUAGCUACUAGCUGGUGCUGGUAGCUGAGAUCCUGAGGGUUUAGCCAUCAUGUCGCAGGCCUACCAUGAUUGACUGACGAUUAAUCCUGAUAAAUAAAUGCUUUAUUUUAGUGGUUCCAAGAAACUACGACAGUAAUGUUUGUGUCCAGUGUAUGUGAGUGACAGAGAGUGUGUUCCACUGAUGUAUGGAUGAGUGACCCAUUCAACUUCAAGUAGUGUAUCUAGCAGAUUAUGGCAGAGAGGAGAGGAGAGGAUGUCGUGUCAGAGUUUCUUAAACAGAAUCCUCAUCUGGCCCAGUGGGUUGAGUCCCUCAGAGGUCAAUGUGAGACCAACAAACAGUGGCGUGGCAGAAAGGAGUUUAUCCUUAGGAACUUGGAGUCCUUCCCCACCGUUCUGCCCGACGUCUCCAGCCCCAGUCUGGACAGACUCCUUUCCCUGUCCAUGGUCUGGGCCAACCAUGUCUUUCUAGGUUGCAUCUAUCCCCAGUCUGUAAUGAACAAGGUAAAUGAGAUGGCAGAAGGUAUUGUUGUUGAUGAGAUUCAAGUCCGGAAAACAAGAGAUGAAAUAAUGGGAAAAGGAAAGAGGACAGCUACAUCAGACAAGGAGAUGGACAACUCCAUAAAGAAGUUGAAAGCCGGAAACACUGAAGUCGAAAGCAAAGCCGGAGGCAGAGCUGCUGUACGUUCAGGAGGUUCUGGGACUUUCAAGUGUGGACCUCCACCCCAGGCCCCUACAGAGCACCAGCCUUUCUUCAACCGACUCUAUAAGGCAGUGGCGUGGAAGUUGGUGUCAGCUGGUGGGUUUGGACCAAACCUGGACCACUUUGAGAUCCUGCGGGCAUGCAUAGAGUCAUCCAAGGCUAGUCUGAGUUGUGUGUUUGUGCCCUUGAAGGACAUUCCUGACCUGCCAGCAGGUCGUGCGCAGAAAGAAGGGCAGGUUUGCGAGCUGCGUUGCCAGACUGUGUACAUGGGCACAGGGUAUGGGCGUGACGAAGACAGUGCAAGAGCCAUGGCCUCGAAGGAGGCUUUGAAGAUCUUCCAGAGCCGCAAGGUGACAGUGAAGAUCUGUCGUCGCAGGUUCCGUGGGAAAGAUGUUGAGGACCUGGUCCUUGUGGAUGACCAACUAAGAAACUCUGGGUUCCCCCCUGCCCUUGCUUAUCCUUUUCAGGCAGACCAACAACCCAGUCCCUCCUAGCAACGAAUUUGUGCUGCAGGCUUCUGUUUGAGUUCUGUCAGGACUGUUGUCUUCUCCCCGAUGCUUAUAAUCUUUCCAAAUUCAAAUUAUCCUUGACUUCUAAAGUCAACAUUUCAAGCAAGCGUAAUAAAUGAAUAUGGGCUCUUCAGGGGGAAUGUUGACGUUGAGUGCUGAUACAGAAAGCCAGAGCAGUGAGAAUAUUGCCAUCUUUGAAUAUAGGGCUUCUUAGUUUAAUUCAAACUUGCAGGUGUCCUAGGCUGUUAAGAUACAUUUAUGUGGCUGAUUAAAAAACAUUUGAUACUGAGUAUUCCUGUUGAGAUAAGGAAUGAAGAUAUUUAUAGUGUUUAAUCAUUAACAUUUUUUAACCUUCUAGGCCUAUUCCAGAUUUCUAGGCAGGGCAUUGUGCAGCCACAACUGUUUCACCGGGCCUAGUAUACACUACGCUGUGUUUUCACGUGGUCUCAGAAGUACAUGUGAAAUAGGUACAAUUACAAAUGACAGCAUUAUAGAAAACUGUAACUUCAAUCAGUUUCCCUUUGGGUGUCAGAGUAACAUGAAUAGCUAUAUUACAACAACCAAAUAUUGAGCGGUUUUCAUGAUGAUGGACCGUAGGAAAUUUAAGAUUAUGCUACCUAUGCUUGGUUGUAAAUUGAAGAGUUGUUUUCUGAAUACAAGUUGUGCCUAGUCUUGGUUGAAUUACCAGCCCUGUUUAAGGUUAUGAUUAGACUUAAUUUGUGUUUGUAAAACUAGACAAGUUUUAAAUUAAGGAAAUAAGUUUUGGUUUAUGAGUUGAUUGACUUUUUGUGUUUCUCAGGUAGAGCUUAAGGGUUUGGUAAGCAAGUAUUUGCUUAAUUCAGACAGGUUUGUGUUCACAUGGAAGCCAAAAUUCAAUUUUUACUUUAAUUAAUUUUUACAGUUCUGUUUUUUUAAACAUAAGUUAGACAUGGCUCAAUUUGAAAACCACCGGUUGCCUUUUAUGUACUGUAUUGUAUAGGCACUGUUAAUGUCUGGUUAGCUUUGUUAAAUGAACACAUUUAGCAAGUUUUGGUUUAGAAUUUCAGUAGCAAGUUUUGUAUUCUAAUGAGACGGCAUUCACAUAGCAAGUGACAUUACUGAUUAAAGUACUACAUGUAACCAAAGAGGAAGCUGACAACUGUUUAUUGAAGAACCUUACAUAAUUUGCCCUCUUAAUUAUGUUAUACGCUCUAAUUCUGUGGCUCUGUUUCCCUAUCAGUGCUGUAAUUUUCUGACAGAAGUAAUGAUUCUAUUUUUUGUGAAUAAAUUUAAUUUAAACCUGCUUGGUAUUUCGUAUUACAGUGACUUUUGCUAGAACAGACAAAUUUACUGAUCCAUCAGUUUUCAAUAACGGUCCAGCACAGGGUCACAGUAUACUAACCGUGAAGCAUAGAGUGUGAGGCAGCGUACACCAUUGACAGGGUGCUGGUCCAUCACACACAUUCAUUCACUCACAUGCUAUAGGUAAUUCAGAGUCAGAAAUUUGCAAUAAAUGCUUGUCUUUGGACUGUUCUGUCCAGUUUAAUGUAUGAUAUACUAAAUGUUUAAGGUUCUAAUUGUUUAUUCAUAUAUGAAGAGUAUUUUCACAAGUACUAUUUGGCUGAGCGAAUGUUCAGUGAGAAGGAAAAACUGGGACUGCUUUCACUUGUGAUUUAUGGAAAGAUGAAUGAUGUGAUUGUAGGUGCAGUCAUUAAGCCUACUGUUUGUUUAUACAAUGUUCUGUCCUGACUAUUCUCCAAAUGCGCUACGUCAUUUCAAUGAAACUUGUCUGUUUGCUGUCCUUAAAGGACUUUAGCUUUCUUUUCUUUGACUUUAUUCACAGACCCAUUAAUACAUUUCUGAACCAGUACUGCCCCUCACAAGCAACUUCCACUAUCUGACAUGGGCUAUUUUAUUACACAUAUGGAUGGUGGAAGUGACUGGUUUUUACCUUUUAAUAGAAAGGAACAUAAAGACCCUAUGUCUUUUUGCAUUUAGAGAGAUUAAUGUAUUUUUUAUCUCUAGAUGAAACAUUUUUAAAAGAGGUUGUAGGAGCAGCAUUAACUUCAGUGUACAGUGUUGUAACAGCUUUUUUCCAGGUUUGACAAGAAAUGAGAUGCAAGCUGGUUGCAUAACCAGGUUGAGAUUAUGGGAAAGGGAAAAAAACAGUGGCGUGUGGUAUCUAUGAAUAUAAGGAAAUGUAACAAAUGUAAAGUGAUUUCAGUGAAAAUUAGUUUUUCAUUAUUAUAAAUAGAGACUGGUCUUUGAUUUAGGAAUGUUUCCAUUGCAUGUUAGCUGCUCUUCGAAUUGUCUGUUGUGUUAUACCAUAGACUUGUGAGCCAGGUACUGUGGGACAUUGUCAUACAUUUCUCAAAAGCUUGUUUCACAGUGUCAGCUUUAUGUUUGGCUCGUAGGGGUAAAUGGCUGGCUGACUUAAGUAGAUGAUGUGUUUGUUUAAAUUACAAGACACCUUAAUGGCAUUCUUUUGUGUCUCCAUCUUUUAAUGUCUCCAUAUUAACACUUGAAGUAGUUGAUGGUUAAUUUGGUGCCAAUGGAGAUCAAAUUUCAAUAAGAAGAAAAUAAAUCCAUCACAUAUACAUCAUGCUGUCUUUGCUGCAUCUUGACUUUGCAUGGGUGAAAAUAUAAUGGAAAAAUAUGGUUUGUGGUAUUUUAUCUCCCAAGCUGUUUUGUCAGCAACGAAUAGAAGAGAUGCAGGUUUACUGUAAUUCACUGGUUUUUCAUCUUAGUUCAGAGUUUCUCAGUCACAAUAAAUGUAAGAAGAAUACAUAAAUCACUGGAAUUGUUUAUUGAUUAGGUUCUGUGAAAUCUAUAGAUGGGAUUACAAUAAUAAAUACUUUGAAAAAUUUAUUUUGAUUGACCUGAACCUAAAUUAAUAUGGCUGAAAAUAAUAAAAAAAAAAAAACAGGUCUCCACAGACUGCUGUUCAGUUCCCAUUGUUGAAUGAUUCAUGCCAUAAAUAUGUACAACAUUCGUCAUCUUGCUAUUGAUCGCCAACGCUCAUGCACUCCAUUAUUCUGUUUGUUUGCAUUUUUCUGCCAACUCUCCAUUGUGCACAUAAAUAUAGGCAGCAUUUGUUCCACAAUAAGCAGAAGUUUUAGAAAACAGAUGAGGGAAAAUGAAGGAAAUGCAGUUAAAACUAAACUAGAAAAUAUUUGUCUCCAAAGUGUGUAACCUAGCUGUUCCUAAUACAAGGAGCUAGUUGAUAAGAAUAAAACUACAGUUUACGUUACAAUAUUCUGACUAUUUAGUUAAUGUAGUAAACAUUUAUAGCAACAGUAAAUGUUUCAAGUAACUGAAGAAGAAACUUCAAGUGCUGUAUUAUAAGCCACAUCUAUGUUGUUAUACUGUGCAUUAUUCAGUGUUUUGCUGUAGAAAUUGCGACCAAGUUUCUAUAGAGCAAGGCCCUUCAUUUGCUAGAACUGACACUUUUCAUCGAAAAACUGCAGGGACUGAAGAGCAAGCAGGCAACAUAGGUGCAAAUAAAGGUUUCCCAAAACUUUGUGUCAUUAGAAAGCUGAAAAGUCUUGUGGUCCUUUGGUAUGGGUCUUAUAUUUUACAAAGAGUGAAAUUAGACUGUGCACAGCACAGGUUAAAAUAACAAAAAAAUUAAAGAGUUGCAGUUAUAA